AUGUCCGAGACGUCACCACUGCUCCAGCCCAGCUCCGAGGCCACAGACUAUGGAACGCGGUGUUGCGGCUCACCUGCAGCAACCCAACCAGAAGAAGAGAGAACAAUCAUCAGCAAAGACCUGUCCUUCGCCCGUCUAGCAGUCAUCCUGACAACAGCCUGGCUCGGCGUUUUCCUCGGCGCUGCUGACACAACAGUAAUCGCAACCCUCUCUGCUCAAAUCUCAAGCGAAUUCAACUCCCUCAGCCUCCUCUCCUGGCUUGCAACAGCCUACCUAAUCGGUAACGCAGCCAGUCAACCGAUUUCAGGCCGUCUAACAGACAUUUUCGGCCGUGGUCCUGGCUUGGUGUUUUGCAACCUUGCCUUUGCAGCUGGCAAUCUGCUUUGCGGACUAGCUACUAGCCAGCAUGCUAUGAUACUGGGAAGAGUAGUCGCUGGUAUUGGCGGUGGAGGCUUGAUGAGUAUCUCCAUGUUUCUCGGUUCGGAUCUCAUACCAUUGAGGAAACGCGCUAUCGUGGGUGGUGUUGCGAAUCUUUGGUAUGGAGCUGGGACUAUGGUCGGUGCUGUUUGUGGUGGAAUGCUGGGUGACUAUAGUGACAUCGGCUGGAGAGUCGCCUUUCUCGUCCAGGUUGUUCCGUCUUUGGUCUCAGCUGUCAUCGCGUACAUCAUGAUCAAAGUGCCACCGAAACAAUCCGACAAGUCAUAUAUCAAGCGCAUCGACUUUGGCGGUGUUUUCUUGGUUGCGGCCUUUUUGGCAAGCCUGGUUCUCGGUCUCAGCAUGGGAGGCAACAUCGUUCCCUGGUCGCAUCCUCUUCCAAUCACGGCGAUCGGAGUCGCAACCUGCCUGUUCGCCGCCUUCAUCUGCUGCGAGGUCAAGGUCUCCCAACCAAUCAUCCCCGUCAGGCUUCUACUCAACCGGACCGUCCUGGCUACCUGCUUGUCUAGUGUCUUUUGCGCUGCUAUCAGCUUGACAAGUAUCUUUUACAUCCCACUUUACUUACAAGCACGCGGAGACUCAGCCACAGACGCUGGAAUCAAGAUUAUGCCUUCAUCACUUGGAUUAAUCGGAGCACUGCCGCUUGGAUAUCUGAUGAAGAGGACAGGGAAGUACGUCGGAAUCAUUGUCAGCAGUAUUGUCACAAUGAUCGUGGGCGCGGUCAUGUUUACACUUCAGGAUGAAGUCAGUCCAACAUGGAUGACAUGUUUGGCAUUCUUCAUCCUGAGUCUUGGUUACAAUGCCGUUUUUAGCAUUACACAGGUUGCUUGUCUCGCAGCCGUGGAACACUCGCAACUAGCCAUGGUCACAUCGACAAUUAUGCUUUCUCGAAGUCUCGGAAGUACCAUCGGAAUAACGAUCGCUUCGGUCGUUUACCAGCAUAGCUUGACAAGCGGCCUUUGGGCUCGAUUUGGCGACUAUCCGAAUGCUGCCGAAGAGAUACAGCGUAUCCGCGACGACCUUACAGAGCUGACGCGCCUUCCCGAUGGUUGGCACGAAGGAGUCACAAAGUCAUUAAUGGUGGCAUUUGAGCACGUUUGGAUCUUGAUACUAAUUUGGGCAGUACUGGCUUUGAUCAGCAUCACGCCUAUCAAGCAACAUAAGCUAUACUCUACACUCGAACGAAAGUGA